AUGGCUACGUCUGCAGUCCCACAUGUGGUGCAUGCUGCUCCAAGGAUGGGGUCUGCGGCCGAUCCAAGGCCUUUUGCGGCGAUGGUUGUCAACCCAGCUUCGGCAACUGUGAUGUGGCUCCCCCGCCACCGCCCGGACCCGGCUCCCCAUCCCCUGACGGGGCCUGCGGCGGCACAAAUCAGUUCAACUGCACCGGCUCAACCUUUGGCGCCUGUUGCUCAUCCGGCGGAUGGUGCGGUGAUACGACUGCCCAUUGCGCAUCGGACGGCGGUUGCCAGAGCCUCUUCGGCACCUGCGCUGCGCCUAGCAACGUUUCCUCCGACGGAUCCUGUGGCGCCAACGGCAAGAUCUGUCUUGGGUCCGCGUUUGGCGAUUGCUGCUCUUCGAGCGGCUUCUGCGGCGGCUCGCCCACUCACUGUGGAACCGGUUGCUAGGCGGGCUUCGGCAACUGCACUACCAACGGCGGUGGGAGUGGAGGUGUCUCUACCGACGGCAACUGUGGGGGCACGUCGAAGACGACGUGCAAGGGUUCGACGUUUGGGGAUUGUUGUUCAUCGAGCAGCUUCUGCGGUGGCUCAGCUACUCACUGUGGGCCGGGUUGCCAGUCCGGCUUCGGGACCUGUACUGCGGCGGACAAUGUCUCGACGGAUGGUUCCUGCGGAGCCAACGGCAAGACCUGCAAAGGCUCGACCUUCGGGGACUGCUGUUCGUCCAGUGGCUUCUGUGGCGCAUCUUCUACCCACUGCGGUGCCGGGUGUCAGGCAGCCUUCGGCACUUGUAAUGCUGGUGCCGGAGGUGUGUCGACAGAUGGCGCGUGCGGGAAGAAUGGCAAGACUUGUAAAGGAUCGACCUUUGGAGAUUGCUGUUCGUCCAGUGGCUUCUGUGGUGCAACUUCUACCCACUGCGGAGCAGGAUGCCAGACAGCGUUUGGCACGUGCCCGACCGACAGCAGUGGCAGCAUCUCAACUGAUGGGAACUGCGGCAAGAACGGUAAGACAUGCAGAGGGUCGACUUUCGGAGACUGUUGCUCAGCAAAUGGCUUCUGCGGCAAGUCAACGGAUCAUUGCGGUGCAGGCUGCCAGAUGA